AUGUCUUCACCCGCUUUCAACGCUGCCAUCUCGCACGCCGUUGCUUUCCUUAUCCGGCCCCUCCUCGCCAACUCUUCCUCUGCCUCGACCUCGUUCGGCAAGAAGACAUUCUCGACGACGGCCAUCACGACUGCGCAUGUCAUCCUCACCAGUGCCUUUGCUACUUCCCCCACAUCUACCUAUGUCCUGACCCCCAGCUCUGCCCCAUCACCCAUUAAAGCUGCUGCCGAGGCUUCCGGCAUUGCUUGGGCGGACUGGUUUGCUGCUCUGGUCAACAACGCCACGACCGACAAGGUCUUGUUGUUCUUUGGCCAUGGGUACGCCAAAGUCCGCCUUGGACAAGGACGUGUAGUCGAUAUCUGGAACCUCAGCAGGCGCUUCGUUUCUUCCACCCAACCCAAAGUUGCUAUCACCACUAGCAAGACCACCACCCAGCUUCGUGCCGCCCUGCUUUCCGCUCAACUGCGAGUCCGUGGCCGAACUGUUCCGUCUCAGCGCCGUGUUCCGUUGCCGAAUGCUGCUGUCCACCGUCCUAGCCCUCUCCGCUUUUGCUCCAGCAGCGAUGAAGAGGAUGAGGACUCUGACUCUGAGGCCUCUGAUUACGACGCUGACUCGGACUUUUCCUCAGAUGAAGAGAGUAUAUCGACACCCAGCACUGCCCCCAGCUCCCCGCCGCUUUCACCCGUAGAACCUGCUUUCGUUUUCCCUCCUGUCAAAGUCGAGGAGAAGCCAAAGCCAGCAGUUUAUGUCCCCCCCGCUCGUCGUGCGAUGAUGGCCAACCGUCCAGCACCCAAAGCGCCCAUCUUCGUCGCUGCUCCCCGUCCCAGGGCUAGCCAAAACAGCAACAAACCCAAGACAACUGCUUACAUCUACACUGGCGGUGUUACUCGCGUCAUGACUGGUGGCGUUAUGCUCGGUCCCCGCGUCGUUGGUGCGCGCGUCUAA